CAGUAAUGAAACACUGCUCAACUGUACACAACUUUCCAGCUGAAAUCCAGGGAAAUCCAGAAACUGCUACUGUAAACAAUCCCAAAAAGUUUCUAAAUCGAGGGAAGGAAUUGUUUGUUACAUUCAAUCGCAGUUUUAUUUCAUAUAAAUAGUUGCAUUGAUAACAAAAACCUCAUGAUUUACUUUUUUCGACGUCAAUACAAAACUUGCAGUCUCAACUCUGUGCAUUUGUAACGAGUGAUCAAUGGACUUCCCAAAGCUUCCUCCUCACUCCGGGUCCGUGCUGUCAGUAGUGGACAUGCACACGGGUGGAGAGCCGCUGCGCGUGAUCCUGAGCGGCUACCCGGAGGUCAUAGGUGAUACCAUCCUCGCCAAGCGUCGCUAUGUACGAGAGCACCUCGAUCACCUUCGCAAAGUGUUGAUGUUUGAGCCCCGUGGUCACUAUGACAUGUACGGGGCACUCUUGGUCAGCAGUGAGUUGCCUGAAGCAGACAUCGGUGUUCUGUUCAUGCAUAAUGAAGGAUACAGCACCAUGUGUGGGCAUGCUGUCAUUGCGCUCGGGCGCUUCGCAGUGGAUUAUGGUUUGAUCAAAGCGCCCACUUCACCAGAGACACAAAUAAACAUACACUGCCCCUGCGGUUUAGUCAAGGCUUUCACUCAGUAUUCAGAUGGGAAAACAGGGGCUGUCAGAUUUCACAGUGUACCUGCUUUUGCGUUUGCCACAGAUGUGAGUGUUUCUGUACCUGGAUAUGGGCCUGUCAUUGUGGAUAUAAGUUAUGGUGGCGCUCUUUAUGCUUUUGUGAGUGCUGACAAGUUUGGACUGGAUGUCAACAAGUCCAAAACCAGAGAUUUGGUGGAUGCAGCAACUGCAGUGACAAAUGCUGUUAAGUCCCAGGUCAAGUUAUCCCAUCCUGUUAGUGAAGAUUUGGCCUUUCUAUAUGGUACGAUCAUUACUGAUGGCAAAGACGCUUUCUCUGAGGAACCCACUGCCAACUUGUGCGUGUUCGCUGAUGCACAGGUUGAUAGAAGCCCAACCGGGUCAGGCGUCACUGCUCGCAUAGCUCUUCAGUACCAUAAAGGCCUGAUCAAGCUGAACCAGACCAGAAGCUUCCAGAGCGGAGCUACAGGAUCGGUUUUCACAGGGAAAGCAAUACAGGAGACCACAUGUGGAGACUUCAGUGCUGUGAUAGUAGAGGUGGCAGGUCAUGCUCACUACAGCGGAGUGGCCAGUUUUACCCAGGAGAGCGAUGACCCACUGAGUGAAGGCUUUCUUCUGCGUUGACUCGACUAAUCCUAACCAAAGUCCAGUAAAAAGUUGAAACAUUGACUGAUCGCAGGUACAGUGCAGGACUACAGUCCCCAGUGUGAGUUUAGGUACUGUAAACAAACUGUAUCAUUGGAGCUAGCAAAUCUCUCUGUAAAGCAAAUUGUGCAAUUUACAAUUAAACAAUGAAUAAACCUUAGUGUUGCAUGCAUGCAGGUAAACUUUUUAAAAGACAAUGCAAUUUUUAAGUGUUUGAAUUGGGCUUAAAUUGUACGUCAGUUUCUGACUUAUGAUAUCACAAUUGAAUAUUUGUAUUACAACUAAAGUUAAAGCUAAGAAUAAAAAUGUAACUAUAUGCAAAUAAAUUUUCCACCUAUAAUUAAAUAUGUGACUGAAUUAAA